UGCUGUCAAAUCUAGACCAUCAUAACAAACUUUUGUUAUUAGGGAAGUGCUUAGAAAAUCCGCGUUUUCUUUAGAAAAACCUUGAAGAAAAACUAUUUGUUUUCAUCUGAAUUCAUAAAACAGUAGUGACAAAAUCGUUACAAUGGAACCAACAUCAAACUCUUGUCCUGAAUCGGAAACAAAAACGGAACAAGCGUCAGAACAAUUGGGAUCGGUUCCUGACGAUUCGGAUACUGCCAGGAAGGAAGUGGAAGAUUAUGUGGCAGAACUUGAGAUCAGGUACGAGCAAAAAAGCCAAUUGCGCUCGCAGAAUGUAACUCCGGAACGGCCACAGGAGUCGUACUUUACCAAGUGUGAUUCGAGUUUAAAAAAGAAUACGGCGUUUGUUAAAAAGCUAAAACAGUUCACCGCUUCGCAGCUGGAUGGUCUGCUGAAAGACAUGGCCGGACUGAACCUGACCAAGUAUAUAUCGGAAGUCAGUGCAGCGAUUGUGGAAGCCAAGUUGAAAAUGAGUGAUGUUGUUCCAGCGCUGACCCUGUGCAGUAAGCUGCACCAAACAUACGCGGAAUUUAGUCCAAGCUUUUUGGAGACUUGGCAAAAGGUUUUGCAUGUAAAAGCCGGUGAGAAGAUUGGAAAUCCAAGCAAGAUGAGAGUUGAUUUAAGGUUUUACGGCGAAUUGGUAAGCGUGGGAAUAUUCAGCAACAAGGUUGGGCUGCCCCUGCUUGGUGCGUGCUUAACUGCACUGAUCUCCCAGGACAAGGACGAGCACAGUAACUUGUCCAUCAUCUUGUCGUUUUGUCGACAUUGCGGCGACGAAUAUGCUGGAUUAGUGCCUAAGAAAAUACAGGAUUUGGCCAAGCAAUUCAAUAUACAAAUUCCUUCAUCAAGUCUACUGUCUCCAGAUAAACAGCAGAAUUUAAGAAAUCUUUUGAAGGACUACUACCAGACACUCUGUGAGCACUUGAAGAAUGAGCAUAAGCAACUUCAGUAUGCGGAAAAGUCUAGACGAAAAAUGCUAGAAUCCAAAGGGGAGGUCCCGAAUGACAAGAAAGAGCAAAUUGAAAUGCUCCAAAAUAGCUACGACAAGCUAAUGGCAUCGGCGCAAGCAAUGGCGGAUCUGUUGAACGAAACAUUACCAGAACUCACUGUGGAGGUUGAAGUUUCCCUAACUGAAGGGACGGUAAUCGAUAGCAUUGGCGAUGAACAAUUCGCAAAUUUGGAUCCCUGGGGUGAUGAGGACACGCGCAAUUUCUAUGUCAACCUACCAGAUUUGCGCCAGUUUCUUCCAAACUACUGUGGAAAGAAAGACGAAGUCAUCCCCGAUGAACCGGCAAUGACGGAGGAAGUACUCGAUAUGGAAGUUGAACCGGAGCAAGAUUCCGAAGAUGUGGGUGACCCCCCUUCAGAAAUAUCCGAGACCGCGGAACCUGAUGAAGAACCAACCACUGCUCCAAGUACGCCGCACCAUCACGCCAACCGGGAACACUUCGAAGCAUUCAUAACUAACUUGCAAAAUUGUGUCAACACGGAAUUGAUAGACUCGGCUGCUAUCGAAUUUCUACUGAGUUUGAAUACGAAAAACAACAGGAAAAGACUAGUGAAAGUUCUUUUCGGCGUACAGAGGACCCGGUUGGAUCUUCUUCCAAUGUACGCCAGAUUGGUGGCAAUCAUCAACCUGGUUUCGGCGGACGUAGCAGUAGAUUUGUGCCAAAUGUUGAAAGUCGACUUUAAGUAUCAGAUCAAGAAGAAGGAUCAAAUUAACAUUGAGACCAAGAUCAAAGUGGUUCGAUAUAUCGGAGAAUUGGUAAAAUUUGGCUUAUAUAACAAAAUUGAAGCACUGUUCUGUUUGAAGUGUUUGCUGCACAACUUUCAACAUCAUCACAUCGAAAUGACGUGCGCUUUCUUGGAAGUUUGUGGAAUUUAUCUGUACAAUUUGAAGGAUAGUCGUCUUCGGACCAACGUGUAUCUCGAGCAAAUGAUGCGCCUCAAAACGAACACCACGAUGGAUAGUCGACACGCACAACAGGUGGAAACCGCUUACUAUUUUGUUAAGCAACCGGAAGGAAUGCGUAUUCAGCGAAAAAUUCGCCCGCUUUUCCACACUUACAUUCGACACUUGCUCUUCGAGGAGCUGAACAAAUCCAACGUUGAUAAGAUGAUCAAACUUCUGCGUCGUCUCGACUGGGAAGAUAAAGACAUCCACGACUACGCGGUCAAGUGUCUUUCGAAGGCUUACAGUAUCCGGUACCAUUUGAUUCGCAGCUUGGCGGAUUUGGUUUCCGGUUUGAGCUCCUAUCAGGAGAAAGCCGUCGUCAAAGUGAUCGACGCAGUGUUCGAAGACAUCCGUGCUGGGUUGGAAAUUCACGACACAAAACUUGCCCAGCGGCGGAUUGCGAUGGCCAAGUACCUUGGAGAGCUUUAUAACUACCGCCUGGUGGAAUCGAAGAACGUACUGAACACGCUUUACUCGAUUAUUUCGCUGGGAGUCAGCACCAGCCACGAUACACCCUCGGAAGUUGAUCCUCCCGGUAGUUUAUUUCGGCUCAAGCUGGUUUGUGUCCUGCUGGACACCUGUGGACAGUACUUCACGAGUGCAUCGAGUCGCAAGGGGCUGGAUUAUUUUCUGAUAUUCUUCCAGCACUAUUACUGGUUUAAAAAAUCCGACCCGAUAUUUACCAGUGAAACGAAUAAGGAUCUCUUUCCUAUUCUGAUUGACCAUAUGUAUAAGGAAUGCUUCAAAAAUCUUCGACCUAAAUUGAAACUGAUAUCCAGCUACGAUGCAGCCAAGGAAGCAAUAGAGAACAUAGCGAAAAAAGUCUACCCACAGUUGUUUAACCCCCGUGACGAUGACGAGCGCAGUCUUAAGACCAUUCAAGAAAAUGACACAGAUAAGGACGAUACCAUGACAGAGGAUUGUACAUCGGAAGCAUUUGGUGAUUCAGAGGAUGACGACGAGAAUCCACGAAUUCAAAGAGACGAAGACGACGAGGAGGACGGCCUGAAUGACGACGACAUCAUUGACGAGUAUGACGAGGGUGAUUUGAAUCAGGACUUUGACCCGGUGAUUAUGCCGAUGCCAGUGGAGAAAACCAUCGAAGAUUUGGAGUUUGAGAAGGAAUUUGAGCGAAUGGCAACGGAUAGCUUCCUGGAGCGGAUGAAGGAGCCGGUGAAGCUUAACAUCAAAGACAUACCGGUGCCGAUCACGAUGAGAAGUAGUGGAACUAAGAAGACAUAUGAGCAAUUACAGGAAAACAAGGAAAAGUCUGACACAGUCCCAUUCGUACUUAUGAUUAGAGGAAAAGGAAAACAGCAGCAGUACAAACCUUUUGAAGCUCCAUCGGAUAGUCAACUGGCGAUAUAUGUCAAAGAUCAGGAGCAAAAAAUUAAGGAAGAAAACGAUAGCGUGAAACGAUUGACGCUGAAUAUUACCGAACGAUUGGAGGAAGAAGACUAUCAGGAAUCGUUGCUGCAAAGUCAAAGGGCACCAACUAGCAAUAAGAUACGGAUACAGAAGCCCCCCAAAUUUAAGCAUCCAAAGGGUGUCCCGGAUGUUGACGCAAUCUUUCAUUAAGCUUAGCUUUGUGUUUUCGGAUUGUGUGAUCCACUAGUACUAUGGAUAAAAAAGCGUAACUAACUUCAAACUAGA